ACGCGGACUACCAAAACCGAACUCCUUUCAUUUCUGUUCGGUAACGCGCAGAAAAUCCCGUUCUGCCUGCAGGAAAACGCGAAAAUACGAUUACAGAGCCCUCUCUCUCUCUCUCUCUCACCGGAUCGAAAAAAGAAAAAAAAAACAAAAGAAAAACUCAAAACCAAACAUCAAACGCUCCAAAAUACAAACCCUAACUCCCACAACCCUUUCCAAGUUCCAGUUCCUUCUCGCUCCCUCUCGCCCUCUCUCCCAUGCAAAACCGUACUCCAGCCCUAGGGUUAGGGUUUCCCUCAGAUCCUCCCAUGGAGGGCCCAGAUUUGUCGAGGCAAUGAGCCCCACCCCGUGCCCUCAUCCUAAGAUGAUGGGUAGAGGCGCGGACGGCGGAUGCGGCACCCAAGAGAAGCCCUGCUCUAUAAAUAGGCAUCCUCCUCGAACUCCCACUCUUCACAACCAAACCUCCGAGCCCAUCGCAACCGUUGAUGCCUUCUCUCAGGCUCAGAAAGCUCUUUCCGAGCGAUCUCCCUUCGACGCAUCCGAAGAAUCGCUGUCCAGGGUUCCGACACUCCCUGUUGGGUUAUCCGACUUCCUGUCGAGGCCGAGCGGUGAUAGUCGUCGGCGCAAGCACAAGAAAUCGCAUUCGGUUCCCGGAGCGCAGGGCGGCAGAAGUAAUGUCUGGACUGAGACGGAGGACUACUUUCGGCCAGUCACGUUGGUGGAUAUCGAGAGGUUAGUGUUGAAGUCGGCGGUUGGGUCCGUUUCGGAUUCUUGCUUUUCGAUUCCGUCGCUUCUGCAGCACAUUGCUUUCGAACAGAAUGCGGUUUCUGCGGGUUCAGAGAGCUGUGAGAAUACAGUUCAAAUUGGCAGUUUGGAGCUGAUGACUGUAAUUGAAGAGUCGAGGAAUGAGGUGCAUGAAAUGGAGAUCGAUGGUGUAGUAGAUACAGUUGCAUCGCCGCCAAAAGAACCUGAGAAUGAUAAUUCGUCUUUGUUACCGUUGUCAUCAUCGUCGUCAGAUUUACAUUGGCUGUUGGGGUCGAAACACAAGGUCCUUCUGACAUCAGAGCGACCUUCCAAAAAACGGAAGCUUUUGGGAGAAGAUGCAGGUUUAGAAAAGCUAGUUGCAGUGCAUCCUUUGCAAGGAGGGGAUUUAGCUCUUUGCCAUGUCUGUUGCUUGGGCGACAAUGGGGACCAGUCAAACCGUUUUAUACUUUGCAGGUCUUGUAAUGUUACUGUGCAUCAGAACUGCUACGGCAUUCGAGAUUUUCCGAUGGGGGGAUGGUUGUGUUCUUGGUGUAAGCAACACGAUUUUCUUGAAACAGGCUCGGCUCGGAAACCUGUGGAGUUGCUAUCUUGGCCUUGCUUGCUUUGUCCAAAAGAAGGUGGAGCUUUGAAACCCAUCGGUGGGGAUGUGGUUCGAAGCGGGAAUGGUGGCAGUGUGAAGUUUGCACAUUUGUUUUGUAGUCUGUGGAUGCCAGAGGUAUAUGUGGAGAACACGGAGACGAUGGAGCCGAUUGUGAAUAUUGGAGCAAUAACAGACACAAGGAGAAAAUUAGUUUGUUAUCUGUGCAAGGUGAAGUACGGCGUAUGCAUCCGGUGCAGUCAUGGAACAUGCCGAACGUCUUUUCAUCCUAUAUGUGCAAGACUGGCAAAACAUAGAAUGGAGAUUUGGGGCAAGGUCGGAUGUGAUAACGUUGAGUUACGGGCUUUUUGCUCAAAGCACUCUGUUUCUCAAGGUACUGGUGGUGCCCAGCAAUUGGUACUUACAUCUGCAACUGUCAAUGGUGAUUCUUCAGUGGCCAAGCUUUUCCCCACGACAGUGUCUGUGAACAGGCUCCCAAAAAUAAAGCUUGGAUGUAAGACUAGAGAUGAUGGCAUGGUGAAUGUAAAAACAACAGAACAGUGUAAUGAAGUGAGUAAAAAUGAGACUCCAUCAGAACGAGAUGCGCUGGCUAUUAGGUCAAAUGUUCGUCUUAUGCCAGAAGCUGAUAAUGCACUCUUAAUAAAAAAUGUGGAAAGAGCUAGAGUUACUGAGAGGGAGAACGUUGCAGAUAUUAAUCGGCCGGAUUCUCUUAAUCAUGUUUCAGUUCUGAAAAAGUUAAUUGAGCAAGGAAAAGCUAAUGCGAGUCAUGUGGCAUCAGAGAUGGACAUUUCCUCUGAUUCGUUAGCAUCUAUACUUGCGGAUGAGCAUGCUUCUGUCUCUGCUGAAUUGCAAUUGAAAAUAGUCAAGUGGCUCCGAAGUUCUGCUCAUAUGGCUACGUCAAUGCAAUGUCUGAAAUUUAGAAAUAAUUCUGCAGUGCCAAUUGGGGCUGAGGUAGCAUUGAAUGCUGGUCCAAAUGCUGUUAAGGAAACAGGUCCUGAUGGCUCAGUUACUGUUCCUGUGAAAACACUGCCACCAAGGAGAAGAAUGAAAAAUAACACUAGGAAUUCCAAAGAUAACAAAAUGGUAUGCAUAUCUGGGGAGACAUUUGCGCAGCAAAAUGGUAAUGGAAUACUAGUCGAUGAGAUUAGUGAAAAUCCACUUGUUAGUGAUGAUAUGAAAAAAGAUCAUACCGCUAAUGGAUCUGUCUUUCGUAAUCAAGACCACUUCUACAAGGAGCCAGAGGUCAUGGAAAAGAUUUCUGUAGAACCUUCAGGGCUUGCUGUGUCUGAUUCUUCUCCUGUGGGGCAAUUGCCUGGACAUGAAGGGAUUCCUGCCGAAAUGGCAAGCAACAUGUCUGAGAUGCAACCAGAGCCGCUGCCUAUUGUGGAAAAAGUUUUAUCCUUGGGAUCUGGGAAUGGUCAAGCAGAUGAGGCUGAUGUAGCUGGGCGGAAUACCUCUGUUAAGUCUACUGAGGAAAAUGCAGGUCAUGACAUUGCUUCUGUGAUUCAAGGCAUGCCUGAUAUCAAAAAUGAAGAAUCACCUGAGUCCUAUAUUCAUCCAUUUAUCAACAAGAAGUUGAUGCAAGUGCAGAACUGUGCGUGUUUCAAGCAGGAAAACAGAACUCCCGUUGGUGAUGGUCAGAGGGAGAAAGGUAUGCCUUCCACGGAAGCAACUCGCCCUGCGUGUAUUUGUCAUAAUCUCCAACCAUGGAAUUCCACUUACACUGACAUUAGUUGUACAUCGGAUGCCACAAGAGGGGAGCAGUUAGUUAAAGCUAGAAAGACGGGGAUCUUGCAGCUUUCUCCAGAAGACGAAGUGGAAGGAGAAAUUCUUUACUUCCAAAAUAGGCUGCUAGAUAAUGCAGUUGCAAGCAAGCAACGUUGUGAAGAUUUAAUACUUCGGGUGGUGACUAAUCUUCCCCAUGAGUUAGAUGCACUGAGGAAACAAAGAUGGGAUGCAGUACUUACCAAACAGUUCCUCUAUGAGGUCAAGGAAGCGAAGAAACAGGGUAGGAAAGAGAGAAGGCACAGAGAAGCUCAGGCUGUGCUUGCUGCUGCAACUGCUGCUGCUGCUUCUUCUUCAAGGGUUUCGACUUUCAGGAAAGAUGCACAUGACGAGAUUGUUGCUGCUCAUCAUGAGAGUCCUGUGAAGUUGAAUACUGUGAGUGGGAGGUUGCCGCGAGCAAAGGAGACACUUUCAAGGUUGCCUGUUUCAAAAUUAGAGCAGUCUGAGAUUUUCCAGCUGACUUCAGAUUUUUCAAAAGAACACCCACGGUCAUGUGACAUAUGCAGACGGAGUGAGACAAUGUUGAACCCGAUCUUAGUUUGUUGCAGCUGCAAGGUUGCGGUUCAUUUGGUUUGCUAUCGUAACCAUAAUGCCUCUGUUGGCCCAUGGUACUGUGAAUUGUGUGAAGAGUUGCUAUCACACUCCAGAAGCCCUAAAAUUCCAUCUGUAAAUGCUCGAGAGAGGUCAUCUUUUGUUGUGCAGUGUGGUUUAUGUGGUGGCACCAUUGGUGCUUUUAGAAAGUCGAUUGAUGGACAGUGGGUUCAUGCCUUUUGUGCCGAGUGGGUGUUAGAGUCAACAUUCAGAAGGGGACAACCAAAUCCUAUUGAAGGCAUGGAGGCUGUUACUAGGGAAAGAGACCUGCUAAUUUGCUGCAUCUGCGGGUGCAAGCUUGGUGUGUGCAUAAAGUGUAACUACGGCAACUGCCAAAGCUCAUUUCAUCCUACUUGUGCUAGAAAUGCGGGCUUGUACUUGAGUGUAAGGACUGUUGGAGGCAAGAUUCAGCACAAAGCUUAUUGUGAAAAGCACGGCAUGGAGCAGAGAGACAAGGCUGAGACUCAGCAACAUGGGGCUGAAGAGCUACAGAGCAUUAAACAAAUACGGGUUGAACUGGAGAAGGUGCGCCUUCUUUGUGAGCGGAUUAUCAAAAGAGAAAAGCUGAAGCGGGAAUUGGUUCUCUGCUCACAUGACAUACUGGCUUCAAAAAGAGACAUGGUUGCUUUCUCAAUGCUUGUUCGUAGUUCCUUCUUUCCACCCGAUGUCAGUUCCGAGUCUGUUACCACCUCUCUAAGAGGGCACACCGAUGAUAACAAGUCCUGCAGUGAAGCAAUCCAAAGAUCAGAUGACACUACAGUGGACAGCACUGUUUCGGGUAAGCGCCGAGCCACACUUCCUCCACAUAUGGAUAUCGACAGAAAGACCGACGAUAGUUCAACAUCCCAAUGGCCCUUUACACGAAAGCAAACAGAGAGGGCACCAUUUUCUGGGAAGCAACUUCCCCUAAGAUCUCCAACUGUUGCCUCCCGAAACCCAGCAGAUGAUGGGGAAAAGAGGUCAAAAUCACGAAAGCACACAGAGACUUUUCAGAAGGAGCUAGUGAUGACAUCUGAUCAAGCAAUGACUUUCAAUCUGCUGCUGCCUAAAGGAUUUGCUUACGUUCCGAGAGCCUGCCUUCCAACGGAGAAGCCAGUAGUCCGUGAUGCGGAAUCUCAUGAACCAUCAGAUCCUGAUGGAUAGAGGCCAAGAAAUCUUGUUGAUUACACUUCUGGGGGCCUGGCCAUUAUUCUGGUUGUACAUCCUGGUGAGAGGUUGACACAUUUGCGUGAUUGUAAAGUACAAAAGAGAAUGAAGAAUGGAAGAAGGGCAAGGUUCUGGCCCGUGUAUACUUUUACCAUAGGGACGCUUUCACUACUCAGAAAAUUUUGAUGUCAGCUUUGUAUAUUCAUUCUGAGAGCAAUUGUACAAACGAAGGGUGAGAGCUAGUUUCUUUAGAUGUAAUGCGGCAGGCUUGAGCCAUGUUGGCUGCUUGCGCACUCAGUGGAAGGGCAAUGUGGGAGCUUGCUUCUUUCCCUCCUGUAACUGUAUAUGAGGAAUUAGAGGGUAUCUUUUAUGUUGCAGGUUCUGUAAAUUUAUUGUUGUAUAUUCUUAUCAUUGCAAUUUCAGUAAUCAGUUGAAUUAGCAAGAA